GUCCCCGAUAAGCCUAGGGUGGGCCUCUGAUAAAGCUUGGCCUCAAUUGACGCGCGCGGAGUGGCGCCAAGAAAGCACUUAAAGCUGUGGGGCAACACGGGGCUGUUGCUCGCGUCCAAAAUCGUGUUUCCGCGUUUUUGACAUGCCGCAGCGUGUCAUGGGUUCAUGGGCAUGGGCCAGGCGCCUGGACCGCGUAAAAGUGACUUGCCCGUGCCCACCCCCUCGUCCCCCACAACUCUCCCAGACAACCGUCACUACCAAAGAAGUGCCCAGCCAACCCUGCUCUCUUUCUCCCGCAACUGCAGGCUCGAAUACCAUCUUUAUGUUCAUGUACCGACUUCAGUGAUCUGGGCUGUCGAGAUGAGGCAUCCCACUCCCCCCAACAGCAGUCCCCUCUGCGUCAAGCGGUCCGUUACCUGGGCACCCGUUGUCCAUGUCGACACCCCAGAAGAGUCCGACAACCUCGAUGCCUGGCCGACCCUAGAACUGCCAUUGACGCCUAGGAGACCAAGGGCACUCGGGAGUCCAAUUCGAUGCAACCAGACUCCGGCCGACUCCUCGCCACUCGGUGCCGCCCUCGAGGUGUGCCCUGGCUCUCCAACAGUCUUGACUCGGUCAGCAACAGCAGCGGCUGCCGCAGCAGCAGCGGCCGCAGCAACAACAGCAGAAUCAAGCUCGUCCAAGAAGGAGAAAAAGCCGCCAUCGAUCACCCCCCGCAAGUUUCGCAAGUUCUUCACCCCACGGCCGGUUCCGGUCGUUACCAGGAGCGCUCUCCACGACAUCACCCGAUCCUCUCUGAACGCAACACAGCCUGUAGACGAAACGGCGAGGGAGCUGUUCCGGAACCCUGCCCGCUCCAAUGCUCGUGCCGGCAAGCGACCAACAGCAGCUCUCGAUGGUGAUGAUUUGGACAAUGGCAACGGCAAGCGUCAGAAGACCAGAUCUAUUGCAGGGCUUGCUACACUCGACAAUAUCUCGUCGUCUCCUGCGAAUCUGUUGGAGAGCUUGAAGCCGCCGUCGCCAAAGUUGAGAAUCCCCUUGAACCAUAGGGGUACCGCUGCCCAGGUUUUCCAGCGGGAGUUGGGUGAUAUCGAUCGUGCCUUUGAUAUGCUGGAGCUGGCGCAUCCGGUGCUUGACUGGAGGACGGAGACUGCCGACUUCUGCUCCGGGCAGGAUUACAUCCACAGCACCGCCCAGGCCGACUCUAACCAACCUCGCAGCACCAUCUUCUCACAAGCAGCAUGUAACACCAAUGAUAUGGUUCUUAUUGGAGACAACAUGGGCAAUGUGCGACUUUUGAAGACGGACGUUUCUGGUGAGGAUGGCUUCCAGAAACCUCACGUUCUGUGGACCGCCCAUGACAAUGCCGUGACCGAUGUUGCCGUCUCAGCCGACGACCUGCGUGCCGCAACAGCGUCGGCUGACCGUACUGGCAUCGUCUGGGAUACGAUGACGCAAAAACCGCUUACCCUGCUACCCUGCAAUGGCUCCGUCAAGUCGAUUCGGUUCCAGCCUGGGCAAGGGGCCGGUAAUGUCGUGGCCACGAGCAGCCGUGACGGUCUGGUGCAGGUAUGGGAUCUGCGGUGCCGCAACGGGAGAUUCAGCGACUGGCAGGACGACACCAUGGGAGACGCCUCGGAGGGCUGCGAGUAUCCCGUGCCUCAUAGCGCGCCGCUCAACAGCUUCGUGUCGGCGCACCAGGCCUCGGCCCGGGGUGGACGCGGCGGUCAACACGCCGUCGUGACGACGCUAGAGUUCAUGCCGGCUGGCAAGGAGCAUCUAAUAUUGUCGGCGUGCGAAGCCAACGCCACCAUCAAGCUCUGGGACAUCCGCGCCGUCCGCCACGAGCAGGGCAACAACGCCAGCAAGCCCGUCUCUGUGGUCGCCCCACCGCCGGGCCACGCCGGUUACCGCGACUGGGGCGUCAGCUCCUUGGCCCUGGGGUCCGAUGGCGCCCGGGUGUACGCACUCUGCAAGGACAACACCGUCUACGCAUACUCGACCGCUCACCUCGCCCUCGGCCGCGCCCCUGAGCUAGACGCCGGCUACGAGCUAACUCGGCGUCGCAGCUCGCCCGUGCACUCAGGUCUGGCCCCGCUGUAUGGCUUCCGCCACACCCUCUUCACCUCGCCCAGCUUUUUCGUCAAGCUGGCCGUCAGGCCGGCCCGUGACGGCCACUCCGAGAUGAUCGCCGUCGGCAGCGGCCACGGUACUCCCGUCCUGUUCCCCACUGAUGAAGGCUACAUCCGCUCCCAACAGGAUGUCGCCUCGGCCGCUGCCUCCGGUGUCUCACUACCGGCAAGGACAGAAGGAUCCUGGGGCUUCCCGGCUAGCAACAGGCACGUGACACCUCGUCCAGCCGAGGCGACGCCCAUCUUCACCUCUGGCACGCCGCUCAUCCACGGCCACGCCAAGGAGGCAACCUCGGUGUCGUUCACAAGUGGUGGUCGGCUAGUCACCGCAUCGGACGACUUCACGGCCCGUGUCUGGUCCGAGAACCGCGAUCAGGCCAGGCAGCUCCGUCAUGGCGGCUGGACCGGAGGUCAGCGCUGGGGUUGGGGCUGGGCUAGUAUCGACCAAGACUUUGACGAGCAUGACGGUGAUGAGUUUUAGCUCCACCGAUGCCGGUCCGCCAGCCACUCAUCUUGGGGGGCUUGGUCCCAGUAGCAAAGAAAGAAGAAGAAAAAAAAGUUAAUCUAUCCCCGCAUACCCUGGGAAUAUCUUGUACGGGUCAGUUGUAACAUUUUAAGGCAUUGAGACGACUGUCGGGCUAUGAUAAUUCUGUAUGGGGUACGAGUCCAUACACCAGAGCUGGGUAUUUGGGACAAGUAUACCACUUGCUCGGGACCUUGCGUGAUGACGCAAGGUUUACUAUAGGAUUUUGUUGGGGACCUUGGCAUAGGUAUGGGACAUGCUAGCGAAUUCUUGAUUUUGCUACAAAUGUAGCUUAGGAACAGAGGUUCUAGUAGGAGAAUAGAAUUGUAAAUAUGACAAGAGCCGACGGGUGCCCAACAAUCUAGCGUUGGAAAAUGUUUGUUGCUUUGGG